AUGGAAUCAGUUCUCGAAUCAAGAUCGAAUGCAGAACCUGGACCAAGAAGGGGAUCUUUCCCAUCCACUACCGUACCAAUUAUAGAGGAUAUCACAGUUCAAGAUGAAAAUGAUCUGGAAAUUAUUGAAGAUUUUCCUGAUGGUGGUAUUAAGGCAUACUUUGUUCUUUUCGGCUCAUUUCUAGGAUUGACAGUAUGCUUUGGAUUACUUAAUUCUAUUGGUGCAAUUCAAGCUUACCUUUCCCAAAAUCAAUUGAAAGAUGUACAUUCGCUGACAGUGGCUUGGAUCUUUUCAAUUUUAUUUUGUAUUUCAUACUCCUUUAGUAUUUUUGUGGGUCCGUACUUUGAUACUCACGGACCGACUGUACCUCUUGUAGGAGGUGCAAUACUUACCGUUGGUGGGCUUUUGGCAGUUGCAAACAGUCAAAAUGUCUGGCAGUUUAUUCUUUCCUUGUCCAUAUGUGUUGGUAUAGGUCUUGCACUAUGCUUCACUCCAUUGGUUGCAGUUGUCAGUCAAUGGUUUUAUUUAAAGCGUGGAAGAGCUACUGGAUUAGCUACCACCGGUGGAUCAGUGGGAGGGAUUGUUAUCCCAUUAUUGUUAAGAGGAUUAUACCCCAAGGUUGGCUUUUCAUGGGCAAUUAGAACUUUAGCGUUACUUUGUCUAGGUUGUAUGAUUAUAGCUAUACUUCUUGCCAAAGGACGAACCAUUCGUGGUUCCAACCCUUCACCGGGUGAUAGUUCUAACGAUGGAAUUGACCUAGACCCAGAAGCUUCUCAUGAAAAAUCCACUGGUAAGAAAUUCAAACAACUCUUUUUUGGAGGUGAUGUUCGUUACUUGGACUUUUCACAUUUCCUUGAUAUGAAAUAUACUUUUUUGACGGUUGGAAUAUUUUUAGAAGAACUUGCUCUCAUGCUUAUUGUUACUUAUUUUGCCACUUAUGCCAUAUCCCAAGGAGCAUCGGAAUCGGAUUCAUACCUUUUAUUGACUGUUUUCAAUGCCACAGGAAUCCCAGGUCGUUGGAUUCCUGGUCAUUUUUCUGAUAUUAUUGGGCAUUUCAAUGUCAUGCUUUUAAUGCUCACUGGAGUUUGUCUAUCGGUAUUUUUAAUCUGGCUCCCAUUUGGUAAUCAUCAUUCAGUUCUAUGGGUAUUUGCUGCUGUGUGUGGGUUUUUCUCGGCCCUGAUUUUAUCUUUAACUCCAGUCUGUUUAGGUCUGAUCACUCCUCAUAGACAAUUCGGUGAACGUUUUGGAAUGAUGUAUGCGAUCGUCAGUAUUGGUAAUUUAUUUGGGUUUCCCAUGGCUGCAGCAAUAAUUGGUAAUGGUUCUAAAAAAAAUUACGACAUAUUUGUAGUAUUCUGUGGGAUUUUGGUUAUAUUGGGAACAAUAUCAAUUGCUACAAGUCGGUACUUCAUUGUUGGAUUAAAAUUGAAUGUAAAAGUAUAG